AUUUGCUGCCGCUAGAUGGCGUUACUUGUGUCGUUCGGCGUCGUGGAAGAUACUCAGAUGCUGUUAGAUGGCGACACUUGCAUCACUGCGCCGAAGGGAAUAUUUGGUUACGUUCGGAUUCUCGAGUGCAAGAUGGGUCUCGGCAGGCACGCUCAAUUCAUCAGUCGCACCAUCUUUGUACAGAACAACGACGUAGAUAAGGCAUGUCGCAUAUUAAAUCGAAUAUUGUCCAAGGAGGAUAUCUUUGGCCAAUACAGGCGCACCAGGUAUUAUGAGAAACCGACUCAAGUAAGACGCAGGGUCAAUUUUGAGAAAUGCAAAUCAAUCUACACGGAGGACAUGGCCAGAAAGAUUGAGUUUCUUUUUCGAAAGAAUCGAGUCGACCCUUAUCCUGGUGCAUCGUAAGAUCACAUAUUCUAUUUUAAAUUGUACAAUUAUAUGAAAAUCUAUAUGAAAACUGGCCCAUAAUUUAGAAAUAUCAAGAUCGGAAAUACAAAAGAUAUCCUGUCA